AUGGACAGAGAAUACACUGAGGAGCCUGCUACACACCCAGCUGAUCUGGGGACCAACGGAGCCAUGAGGCUGGGUUCGGCAAUCCUAGGUUUACUCCUGCUCCAAGGCUACAGCUCUCAGCCUACACCAGCUCAGACCUCUCAGGGGAUUUUCAGGAGUCUGAGCCCCCAGCCAGUUUCUGUCAGUUCAGGGGACCGAUCUUCCUCAGAGCCUGGCAGCUUGGGGCUUCGGCUUAGCACCAUUACCCCAGAAAUUCUACAGAAGUCAUCUCAGGCCUCCUUGGUAUCCAGUCAACCUGUGACGCCAAAGUCAAGCACCAUGGAUAAACACUCCCUUUCCUUGCCUGACUUGAAGUCAUUCCAGCUACAGAAGCACACACUGGGACCUAGCACAGGGGCCCCAGAAAGCAGCAGCAGCAGCAGCAGCAGCAGCGGCAGCGGCAGCGGCAAAGCGUCUCUGGAUGCUACUCCCAGUCCAGUAACCACCAGCCUUCGGACAGAAGAGGUGACCAUCCUGCCUACCCCCACAUCAGAGUCAGUGCUAACUGUGGCUGCCUUUGGUGUCAUCAGCUUCAUUGUCAUCCUGGUGGUUGUAGUGAUCAUCCUGGUUAGUGUGGUCAGUCUAAGGUUUAAGUGUCGGAAGAACAAGGAGUCUGAAGAUCCACAGAAACCAGGGAGUUCAGGGCUAUCUGAAAGCUGCUCCACGGCCAACGGAGAGAAAGAAAGCAUCACGCUCAUCUCCAUGAAGAAUAUCAACAUGAACAACAGCAAAGGCUGCCCUUCAGCAGAAAAGAUUCUUUAAAAGUGACCUUGAGUCGCCAUGGGUCCACGUGUGAUGUGGCUGUCCAGUGGCCAUGAGGAAGAAGAGAGGAGACAAGAUUGGUGAAGGCGGCAGACCACGCAUAAGUUAUUUUAUUUCAUGCCUGCUCCCAGCUCUUAAGGAUAUGAAAUUCCUCUAGAUCCAGAAGCAACCUACCACCUGAGAGACUCCUUCUCACUUGGAAACCAUGCUAGACAUUCGGCUUGCUCUUCCUCCUCCUCAGAAACUCAGGAAUGAGGAGUCACUAGAGCAAGACUUAAGGAAAUAAUGAGGUAGACUGUCCAUUCUAAAAUUAAAAUUAUUUUCUGGCCUGGAA